AAGCUUAGACGUGUCCACAUAUUGUAGUGCUGUUGUCACUGUUGUAAGUGAUGAAAAACAGUCAAGACAAUUAAAUAUUAAUUAAAUGUUGCCAGUGUUCGCUUAAGAACUUCUUCUCUGUUUUAGUAAAUGUCGAUAAGUGUUAGUGUUUUUAAUUGAUACACCUACAACAACGUCGUGUUCGUGUGUUAAAAAAUUGACCUUCGCGGGAUUUUUAUUUUUAAUUAAUAGUAUCUAUCGUGGUGUAAAGUUAUUGAUAUGCUAACUCUUGCCGAAUUUAUAAAAAUGCCGCUUUGCAGUCCGGACAGUUCAAGAACUUCUGAUGAAGGAUUUACCGAAUUGGAUAACGCUAAUUUGACUCAUUUAAACGACUGUUUGACUAUGAUUUUGGAUUCGGAAAUGAACAUGGCCGCGAGCAAUAGCUCAAUGGCGGCGUCACUGGGCAACUCAACAAAUUCGGGGAAUACCGGUGCCGGCGUGCUAAGCCAACACUGCGCCAUCUGUGGUGAUCGGGCGACGGGAAAACAUUACGGGGCAGCCUCUUGCGAUGGUUGUAAAGGGUUUUUCAGGCGCUCCGUACGGAAAAACCAUCUUUACACAUGCAGGUUCAGUAGAAAUUGUGUCGUCGACAAAGAUAAGAGAAAUCAAUGCCGAUACUGUCGACUAAGGAAAUGCUUCAAGGCGGGUAUGAAAAAAGAAGCUGUGCAAAAUGAAAGAGACAGGAUAAGCUGUCGCCGACCAAGUUACGAGGAUAACACUCAAGGCAACGGUCUUUCUGUCAGUUCCUUACUUAACGCCGAAAUGCUUUCCAGACAAGUGGGGGCAGCACUAGAGCAGCAAAUGGGAUCAUCGCCAGUCAACGAUUACGAUUUAUCCAAUAAGCAAUUAGCAAGUAUCAAUGAUGUGUGCGAUUCCAUGAAGCAGCAGUUGUUGAUCUUGGUAGAAUGGGCUAAAUAUAUACCUGCUUUUACGGAAUUGCAACUCGAUGAUCAGGUGGCACUUUUGCGUGCACACGCAGGUGAGCAUCUCCUCUUGGGUUUAGCAAGACGAUCCAUGCAUCUCAAAGACAUCCUAUUAUUAGGGAAUAAUUGUAUCAUAACCAAGCACUGUCCUGUAGUGGUGUUACCAGACUCUCGGAUGUCACCAGAUUUGGACAUUUCACGAGUCGGGAGCCGCAUCAUUGACGAAUUGGUCAAGCCCAUGACGGAGGUCCAAGUCGACGACACCGAGUUCGCCUGUCUAAAAGCCAUCGUCUUCUUUGAUCCCAAUGCAAAAGGUCUCAGUGAACCGCAACGAAUUAAGGCCCUGCGUUACCAAAUCCAGGUCAACCUAGAAGACUACAUAAGUGACAGGCAGUAUGACAGCAGAGGACGUUUUGGUGAACUUUUACUGACUCUUCCCGCUCUACAAUCAAUCACCUGGCAAAUGAUUGAGCAGAUACAGUUUGCCAAAUUGUUUGGAGUGGCCCAUAUUGACAGCCUUUUACAGGAAAUGCUAUUAGGAGAACCUGUUCCAGGAGCCACGUUGGACACGAUAACGGCCCCAGUGCCGCUCUCCGCUAACGCUUACCAGACUGCCCAUAGCAACCAUAGCGAUUCGUCGGAAGACCCCAGCACCCCGUCAGCGGUAUCACAAUGUAGCAGUCCUAAUGAACCGUACCUGUCCAAUGGUAAUCUUGCCAGUCCGCCCGCGGUCGCAACCGAAAACGGUUCCAGCAUCCUGGUCCUCAGGGAAAUAACUCCCAUUGGUGGUGACGCUUAUCGGGUACCAUUCAAACAAGAACCAAAAAUGGAAGCGGAACAACAGUCUUUUUAGUGCUCACAAUAUAUUCGGUGCCAAGGGUGAAAGACUGAUAGCUAUUUGAGAGCUCAAGAACUUUUGUGAGUAGUGAAAUAUUUUUUUAAUACGUUGGUAUUUGAGAAACACAAUGAACGAGUAUUAAAACUGCAGUGAUUGUGAUCAUGCUCUGCCUCGUCUUACAGGACUGUUUAAGACGUUGCAAUUAUUAUUUUUAUUAUUAUCGUUAUUAUCAAUACACUAAUAAAUAUCAGGGAGUCUUAAGUUGUAGUAGAUAAUGGAACGUUUUACUUGAGGAUUGGGCACUACGCUUGUUGUGGCUGUGAAAAGUCGUACCAUUUCGUGUAGGUCAAUAGAUUAAUGGCGCAGCUAGUAAACUUAAAUUUUAUAACCAAAAUAAUUCGUAAAAAUUGAAAGUAA